AUGACUGGAUUGGGCGUUCGAUCCAGUAGCUAUGGUUGCUUGGAGAAGACGGGACUUAACGGCGUCGUUUUGCCAAUCCAGACGACUACGACGACGCGUACCAAACCAUCUAAGAUGCAGAAAGAGAGGGAAGGUAUUGUACAUUGGAUCUUCAAAUUCGCGGGUCGUAAGAAGGUCGGCAUGUUGCUUCUCUUCUUAAUCUCCGCCGUUGUCUUCGUUCGCGUCCUUUUCGUCGGAAAAGGUGAAGAUGGUCAGGAAGUUCAAGUUCCUCCGAGUCUUCAUUUUAAUGGCAGUUCAGUUGUAAAUCAUUCCAACAUGUUACCAACAAAUGAAGAUCAAACCAUCAGUAUUCGGAAUAUUUCUUUUAUGGGAACAAAUGUUAUAAUGUCACCUCCUCCUCCUAUGCAUUUUCUUGGCUACACGCUUCCUCAAGGACAUCCUUGUCACAGUUUCACUUUACCUCCCCCUCCUGCCGACAGAAAAAGAACAGGACCACGCCCAUGCCCGGUAUGUUACCUUCCAGUAGAAGAAGCAAUUGCCUUGAUGCCAAGUGCCCCGUCAUUCUCCCCUGUUCUUAAAAACUUAACGUACAUAUAUGAAGAGCCACUAAUCAGAGAAACAGAGUUUGGAGGGUCAGAUUUUGGUGGUUAUCCUACUUUGAAACAUAGGAAUGAUUCUUUUGACAUUCAAGAAACAAUGAGCGUACAUUGUGGGUUUGUCAAAGGACCUCAACCUGGUCGAAAUACAGGAUUUGACAUUGAUGAGGCUGAUCUUCUUGAAAUGAAGCAGUGCCGUGGGAUAGUUGUUGCAUCAGCUGUAUUUGAUGCUUUUGAUGAUGUAAAAGCCCCCAAAAAUAUCAGUAAAUAUUCCGAGGAAACAGUUUGCUUCUACAUGUUUGUUGAUGAAGAAACUGAAACAAUUUUGAAGAGAGAACGAGGCCUUAAUGAAAAUAAGAAAGUAGGGAUAUGGAGAGUUGUUGUUGUUCAUAAUCUCCCUUAUUCAGAUGGAAGACGCAAUGGAAAGGUGCCAAAGCUUCUUGUCCAUAGGAUGUUUCCAAAUGCUCGCUAUUCUUUAUGGAUUGACGGAAAGCUUGAGCUUGUCGUCGAUCCAUAUCAAAUUCUUGAAAGAUUCUUGUGGAGGAAAAAUGCAACUUUUGCGAUCUCUAUACAUUACAGACGAUUUGAUGUCUUAGUGGAAGCCGAAGCAAAUAAAGCUGCUGGUAAAUAUGAUAACUCCUCCAUCGACUUUCAAGUUGACUUCUACAAGAAUGAAGGGUUAACACCUUAUUCUGUUGCAAAGCUCCCAAUCAAAAGCGACGUACCAGAGGGCUGCGUCAUAUUAAGAGAGCAUGUUCCCAUUAGCAACCUCUUUACUUGCCUUUGGUUCAACGAAGUAGACCGAUUCACUUCCAGAGAUCAAAUCAGUUUCUCAACGGUAAGAGACAAGAUUGCAGCGAAAACAAACUGGACAGUAAGCAUGUUCCUUGACUGCGAACGACGCAACUUUGUAGUUCAGAGAUAUCAUCGAGCAGAACAAGAGAGAUUCGCAAGGCAAAAACCGCCGGUGCCUGAUUUUUCUCCUCCACCGCCUUCGCUGCCUCCACCGGUUUUAAUCAGCAGCGAUUUGCCUAGAAAAGCUUCAAGUGGAAAAGCGGUUAGCACAACGCUGCCUAGAAGGCGUGGAAGAGACAGACGGUCCGGUCCAAGGGGUCACAGGAAAACUAAUUUGCCUGUAAGAUUACCAGAUUCAGCUUAA